UGGGCCAGCUAGAAAGGCAAGUGUACAUCGGUGGAGAAUCGACAAGUCUGGCCGGUGGAGACUCACGCUUUGAAUCUCAAGAAUCCAGGCUUUAUCGUCCUUAGCGUACUAAUUGUAUUGAUUCUGUUGCUUCUACUGCUCUCUAACACUUCCUUCGUCAGAUCCUCUACAGCUCCAAGAUUUCCCAAGAGUUCCCAAGACUGAGAAACAAUGUGAGCAGAAAGAAACCACCGGACCAGACACAAUGGACAGUGCCCAGACCCCGUUUAUUCUGCCUUCUUUCUCCAUCUUGGUCUUUCUCUAUCCAUAUUCGAGACCGAAUAACAGGCGACGAGGCAUCCCCACCGAUUACGUCCCAUGGCUCCGGCGCAUCCAGACGCACUGGCUGGAGCCAGCAAAAGAAACCACCUGCAGUCGACCACUCAGAUUCUGUGUCUUUGGGUUAUUGGAUAGCCCACAUGAAACAUAAAAUACAUGUGGAUAAUCGACAAAAUGUGUUCCGGUGUCAGUUCCUUUCUACCAGUGGAACGCCCCCGCCAGGUACAGCGCUCAGCGCUUAUAAGUAUAGCUGCCCCUCGCUCUACAUCCUUUCUCUCUCCCUACCACGUCUGCCUUCGCUUCUUCAUUCCUUUGCCUUUCGGCUUCAAUCAUUGUCCUGUGCCGCGCACGGUCAAUAGUCAUUCAUUUUGUCCUUUUUCGAAAGGCUCACAUUCCUUAUUUUCUAGUCCUCGAGACUAUACGACCUUCAUUCUGAGAACAGGCUUCUCUCAAAAAGCAACACCACAAAAUCUUAAAAAUGGUCUCUUUCAAGUACCUUUCCACUGCCCUCCUGGCUGCCAGCGCCGUUGCUGCCCCCCACGGGCACUCUCACCAGCGCCUCCACGCACAAAAGCGCACUGGUACCUCGUCUAAGCGCGGCGCCGCUUACAACGAUGCCACCCUCGUGCAGCAGCUCUCCAACAGCGGUCUCGUCUCGUGGGCCUAUGAUUGGAACAUGUACACAAUGGGCGACCUCCCCAGCGAAGUCGAGUUCGUCCCCAUGCUCUGGGGCACCAAAAUGUUCACGGGCUGGUUCGCCGCCAUUCAAACCUUGCUGAGCUCCGGCUCCGAAUACAUCCUCGGUUUCAACGAGCCUGACAUGCCCUCGCAAGCCGCCAUGACCUCCUCCGACGCCGCCAGUUACUACCGCCAGUACAUCUCCCCUCUCUCCGGCCAGGCUAAGCUCGUCUCGCCCGCCGUGACCAACGGCGUCGGCGACGACGUCGGCCUCGACUGGGCGCGCAACUUCCUGGACUCCUGCACGGAUUGCGGCGUCACGGCCCUGGCCGUCCACUGGUACGGCGACACCGCGGAUGACUUCAAGACUUUCAUCGGCAAAGCUACUGACCUCGCCGCUGAGUACAACCUCGCCGAGACCUGGGUUACGGAGUUUGCGCUCAACUCGGAUUUCUCCAAUACCGGGGGUACGGAGACUUCGGCCGACUUCCUUGGUGAGGUUCUGCCGUGGUUGGAUGAGCAGACUGCUGUUUCGCGGUAUGCGUACUAUAUGUGUGCGGAUGGGUAUCUGCUGAAAGGGAGCGAUCUGAGUCUCAGUGGAGAGAAGUAUACUUCCUGAUUUUUUUCGCACCCUAGGGACUAUAUACCAAUUUCUCUUUCUUUUCUUUUUUGGCCUGUUCUAUAUCCAUUCGUGUAUUUAGGCGCCGAGGUGCAACAUUCGCUCUUCUCGCUUGCUUGAUGAAAA